UGUAGACUAACUCCCUCAGCCUCAGAGAGCCUGACACUAUGGAGUACAGAGUUCCCUCCAAUCUGCCAUUAGUGCCUUCCCUGCCCUGCUAGGAGCUGCCAGCUGCUAGGUACCAGCUCAGUGAUUCCGCACCACCAUGCUGCUAUAGUAACCAGCUGGUUCCCCGGGGAACCCGCAGGCGAAGGUUUGGAGGACACAGCAGAGGAGGAAAGAUUCACUGAAGGAGGACAGAGUAUUGCUAUGGGGAGCCUGGAGAGAGUGUGGUGGGUUGUGGUGGAAUGUGCCUGCAGGAUACUGGGUAUCUCUACAGCUGUAGUGCUGUGUGCUGUGGGAGUAGAAACCUUGGGACAGGGGGAGUUCCACAGUCUGGCUCUCUAUCUACUGGUGUCAGCUGCUGGUAUGAUGCUUUUUGAAAUGGCCUACUUCCUGGAUGCCCUCCUCAUCAUGUGUCUGCCAUGUCCCCCAGACUGGUGUCUGUUUGUGUUGUGGGAGAAGAUGGCUCAUCUCGGAGGCUUCCAGAAGUUUCUUUACUACUCCAUCAUGUCUGUGGUCUGCUUCCUGCACCCAGUCCUGGUGUGGCACGCUAUUAUACCAGGUACUAUGACUCUGACAGGGACAAUGCUUCUGCUGACAGCUUUCUUCAAUUUUAUCCUGAGCAAGAAAGCCAAGACAGCACCUCCCAAAGGUCCCGAGGACAGCUCCAGUGAGUCGGGGCUGUCCAGUGUGUGUGUGGCAGAGAGAGGGCCAAGCUCGGAGCCCACCUUCUCCUUACUUUACAUGGUGACGGGAAGGAAGGGGACAAGCCUGGCCUCUGUACCCAGGGGCAGGAGUCUUGGAGUGGGGGAGAGAGGAGAGAGUACCCAGGCUAUGCUGGAGGUAGAGCUAGAGCAUAGAGGAGGAUCAACAGAGAGAGUUAGGGAGGAUAAGAGAGGGAAGGAAAAAAGACACGUCUUUUUCAGAGAACGAGAGGUCUCGGGGGAGAGGGAGAUGCAGGAAAUGGAAGGAUUCUGCGAGUCAGAGCCAGAGACAACCUCAGACACAGCUCCUAUGAUCUCUGGCUGACUGAAUAGUUAUCCCAAGAGCUCUGGACCUUUAAGGAAGUAUUGCAAUGCACUUAUUUUGCCAACUCAUGUAUAGAGGGAAAGCUUUUCACUGGCCAAGAACGCCAGCUCAAGCCCUUUUCUUGCUAUUCAACACCACUAUAGAUUUUUAAUCCACAAUAAAAAAUAUAAUGUAGGUUUGAAUUUUUUCUAUUUAAUGAUCAAUUGGAAGAUUAAGGUUUAUAUAUACAUGUGUAUAUAUAAAAUCUUGUAACUGCACAUAGUGUACCCUAUAUAUAGUUUUUGCACUUACAUUAAAUAAAAUGAUUUA